AUGGCAAAUGACUGGGCUCAGGUUUCUAGGGUACCUAGUUUUGCUCAGAUGUUGAAGAAGAACUUGCCUGCCCAGCCACCCCAACCUUCUGCCCCGCCUUCGUCUCACAGUAGUUCGUUUCGGCAAGCGGAGAAUGCUAAACCGGUGUAUUUAAUACCAGAAACAUCCAGUGUAUCAAACUUGGCGUCUAAAGUGACCCCUAUUACAGGUCAUGACUAUCAAUAUGCUAAAACUGUGCCUAUAAUUCCAAUUACUUCACUUCCUCCCAAGAAAAUUCCAAAGGAAUUUAUUUCAAAAUACAAGCGAGGGGAGAUCAAUCCAGUCUCAGCUUUACAUCAAUUUGCACAAAUGCAACGUGUACAACUUGAAUUAAAGGAGACUGUGGCAACAGGAAAUAUCUUGGGGAGUUACUUUGCUUUUUGUGCUAUAGUUGAUGGCAUUCAGUAUAAGACUGGGUUGGGCCAAAAUAAGAAGGAAUCAAAAUCAAAUGCAGCAAAACUUGCUCUUGAUGAACUUCUGCAGUUGGAAGAGGCAGAACCAAAAGCUUUGGAAAAACCAGGUCCUGUCAGAAAUUUUGCUGAAAGUAUACAUGCAGCCAAACCUCAAAUAACAACAGAAUCUGCCUAUUUUACAAAGAUUCAUUAUGAGGAGAAGCAUCUCGCACAUAGAAAAAUUUCUCAAGUUGUCAGAGAAAUAUUCGAUAAUUUGGUGGCUAAGUAUCCAGAGUACCAGAGUUGUAGCAGUUCAGUAGCUGCCUUCAUAAUUGAAAGAGGUAGGCAAUAUGAAGUGGUGGCUAUUGGAACAGGUGAAUUUAAUUAUAGCCAAUGCAGUCAUCCUGAUGGAAGAGUGUUGCAUGAUAGUCAUGCAGUUGUUACUGCAAGGCGCUCUCUACUUAGGUAUUUUUAUAGACAGCUUUUAAUUUACUACAGUAAAAAUCCUGCUAUAAUGGACAAAUCCAUAUUUUGUACUGAUCCAACAUCUAACCUGCUUGCAUUAAAACCAAAUAUAAAAGUAUUUCUCUACAUGAAUCAGUUGCCAAAAGGAUCUGCUCAGAUAAAGUCUAAGUUGCAUCUCAAUCCAAACUCAGUAUCUGCAUUUGAAGCUGAUGAAGAACUGUGUCUUCAUGUGGUUGUUGAAGGCAAGGUUUAUCUGACAGCUUUUUGUCCUGCUGAAAUUGCCACAAUAAGCAGCAUGUCUACCAGUGAUAAACUGACAAGGUGGGAAGUGUUGGGUGUUCAAGGAGCCCUACUGAGUCACUUCAUUCAGCCAAUUUAUGUUAGCACAAUAGUUCUUGGGGACGCAAAUUGCUGUAGUACAAGAGGAUUAGAAAUAGCCAUCAAACAGCGCAUAGACGAUGCACUUAGUAAAAAAUUUCCCAUGUUCUACCUUGUGAAUAGACCUCAUAUUAAUUUGGUAACUGCUGCAUACCCUGUGGAAAUUGACCUGGACCAUAGGUCUCUUAGUGUGAAUUGGUCCCAAGGAGACUUAUCGCUGGAGGUGAUAGAUGGAUUAAAUGGAAAAAUCAAUGAAAGUUCACCCUUCAAAAGUGGUAUUUCAAUGGCAAGUCGUCUUUGCAAAGCUGCAAUGUUAAGUCGCUUUAAGUUACUGGUUAAAGAAUCAAAGAGAGAAGAUUUACUUAAAGCAACAACUUACCAUGAAGCAAAGAUUAUGGCAGAAUCUUACCAAGGGACAAAAUACUUGCUGAAAUCCUACCUGGAGCAACAUGGUUAUGGGUCUUGGAUUGUGAAGUCCCCACACAUUGAAUAUUUCAGCAUGUAAAGGUUAAUAUACCAGCUCUAUGACCUAAGAAAGAAAUAAGCUUUUGCUUUUGAGAAGAAUUUUUUAUUUGGUUAAUGAUUGUGGAUCAAUGCUGACCAGUAAUGUGAGCUGAUAGCAAAAUAAAUAUGCUAUUUUAGUUAAUACAUGCAGGUCUUUUUUUUUCUUCUGUCAGUAUAAAAAUAAUAAAAAUUGAAUUAGUUUGUGCUAUGUACUUGCUGCAAACUGCUAUCUCAAGGAGUUGAAUUUGAGGAGUACCUUUGGGAAAAUAUAGUGCGACUGAUUAUAGUUUUGAUUUGUACCAUGUUAUAUAAUAGCAGGACCAGUUAUAUAUCAUUGGCUUGCUUUCUGAAAAGUUAUGUGCAAUUCUGGCAUUAAAAGUCACAGUUUACCUUGUUAAUCAUUUUGAAACCUUGUGGGUUUAAAUCCCUUUUCAGUUGUGGAACUUAAAUUUAUCUUCAGGAAACUACACAAAUUAUGCUUGCAUUGUAAGAGUAAACGCCUACAAAUACAUUUUGAACAAAGUGUGUGAUCUGUUUGCUGUAUAUUAUGGGAUUCUGUAACUUGCAGAACUUUCAAAUAAUAUUUGGCUCACUAAUUGAAACAACUUAGAAAAUGUAUUGGGUAUCUCAAAAUAUUUAAUUUGCAAUUUGACUCCUUUUGUUAUUCUUAAGACUUAAAUUGAAUGUUGAUACUGCUUUGUAUAGUGAUACUAUAAUUUAUUUCUAGUAAAAUAAGCAUGAUUUGACUAAUUCUGGAGAGUAUGGUUUAUUAGUAUACUGAAACACUUAUUUGAAACUCCAACCUACGAACAAAAGAUAAUAUUCUUUAGAAGUUAAACUAUUUUGAGGGUGGGAGAGCCUUUCACAUGCAAUGUGAAAGUGCUUUACAAUGGCUGUAUAGAACAGUUAAACUGUAAGUCUUAAAACCACUUUAAUGGAAAAUUAACUUUAUGGAUUUGUCUUUAGUUCAAGAAGGAAUCUUCAUGAUGAUUACUGAAAAUGAUGGUUCAUGCAAUUGCACAUAAAUGCAAAGUAUUUAUGUGCCUUGUAGAGAUCUUACCCCUCAUAAAUGACUUCCUUUUGUUUAUAAAGCAACAAAACCACUGAAAGUCAAUCUUUUUUUUUUUUCAUUUUUUUAGUGAUUAGAUUUCCUAUGUUUAAAUUUAGCACAAGAAUUUGUGUAUAAGCAUUUUUAUUUUAUUUCAUUGUGUGUAUUGGA